CUACAGUAACUAUUAAUCAACGUCGAGUUUUGCUAGAGGUGAGGUCUGGUAUCAUUUUUGUCAUAAUCUAAGGAAUUGACACAAAAUUUAUGACAAAAGAAUAGCACUAAUGCCGGCUGAGAUUUCGAUUCACGCCAAGGAGAAAUACAUUCCAGUAUGUAUCAGGACAGCAUAAUUCCUGAAAAAUCCAGAUGAUCGGGACUAAAAAGUGCUCUUGCGCAUGCCUAGAAGACGCCAUUUUGAAGGUGAAACUUUGAUAGUAAAGUGGCAGAAACAGUGACGAUUUUCAGCUGUAUUUUCAUUUACAAGUAUUGUGUAAAUAUUUCUGAAAGUUAGCUUCGAAUGUUCGAAUCGUGUGUUACGAAGGUCGUACACUAUAUGAGUGGAUCAUGGCUUCAUGUAAUCUGGUGUGAGAGUAUAUGCACGUUGAAACAGUUCUUAAUAUCAGUGAGUGCUUCAAGCAACUCCCACAUUUGGGAAGCAGCAGGUGCAGAACUUCUGGGUGUUUUAAUAUAACUGGAAUAUUAUGCCAGCUGUACCCAGGCCUGGUAGCUUGAAGGACCCAGAAAUAGCUGAGCUUUUUGACAAAGAUGAUCCUGAGAAGAGAUUUGAAGAUUUGCGUGAGAUUGGGCAUGGAAGUUUUGGAGCAGUGUACUAUGCACGUUGUUUGGUCACUAAGGAGAUUGUUGCCAUCAAAAAGAUGUCCUACCUUGGCAAGCAGAGUUUGGAGAAGUGGCAGGAUAUCCUGAAAGAAAUUCGCUUCCUGCGACAACUGAACCACCCCAACACUAUUGAAUAUAAGGGCUGCUUCCUCCGAGAUCAUACAGCAUGGCUUGUGAUGGAAUAUUGUCUUGGAUCUGCAUCUGACAUUAUUGAGGUCCACAAGAGGCCAUUGAAGGAAGAGGAGAUAGCAGCCAUUUGUGAUGGUGUACUGCGCGGCUUGAGUUACCUGCAUGCUCUGGGACGGAUACAUCGUGAUGUAAAGGCAGGCAAUAUAUUGCUUACAGAAAAUGGCACUGUCAAACUGGCUGAUUUUGGUUCAGCAAGCAUCAAAUGUCCGGCAAAUAGCUUUGUAGGAACCCCAUACUGGAUGGCACCCGAAGUAAUUCUGGCCAUGGAUGAGGGACAGUAUGACGGAAAGGUGGAUGUGUGGUCUUUGGGAAUCACGUGUAUAGAGUUGGCUGAACGUAAGCCACCAUAUUUCAACAUGAAUGCAAUGAGUGCCCUGUACCACAUAGCUCAGAAUGACACACCUUCAUUGAGUUCUCCAGAAUGGACUGAUGUGUUUAGGCAUUUUGUUGAAUCUUGUCUUCAGAAGAACCCCAAUGAGAGACCAACAUCAGGAAAACUCCUGUCACAUCAGAUGGUGACUCGUACCCGCUCACCACAUGUUCUGAUCGACCUGAUCCAACGUACAAAGGCAGCGGUGCGAGAAUUAGACAACUUGAAUUAUCGCAAGAUGAAGAAAAUUCUUAUGAUUGAAGCAUUUGAAAAUGAGAGUACUAUGGGUGAUGCAGAUGACACCCCAGAUGAGCAGACUGGAGGUGACAGCAGUAAAAGCAACAGUAUCACCUCUGAGCAUUCUUUACAUUCAGUGGGUGUAAGUGCUUCGUCGCAGAGUAGCUCUACUAAUAGUCUUCCACCCUCUGCUGAUGGCAAUGACAGCAGUUAUCCUCCUUCCAUGCGAAAUAGACAUAAGCAGGCCAGUAACUCAAAUGCCAUCCAGGAUCACGGAGCCAAUAACUUUGCAACCAUCCGUACAACAUCAAUUGUGACAAAGCAACAGAAAGAACACAUGCAGGAGGAAAUGCACGAGCAGAUGACGGGCUACAAGCGGAUGAGGCGUGAGCAUCAGGCUGCCCUGCUCAAGCUGGAGGAACGGUGCAAGAUAGAAAUGGAGAACCAUAAGCAACUGCUGGAUAAAGAAUAUGAGUCGCUGCUUCAACAGUUCAGCAAAGAGCUGGAGAAGUUACAGAUAAGACAUCAGCAGGACCUUGAAAAGAAGUUGAAGCAGAAUCUGACUGCCGAGAAGAAACUGCAGAAGGAAAUCUGUGGGCGACAGGAACAAGAUCGGAAAGCAUUUGAAACACAAAAGAAGAAGGAGUACAAAGCAAAUAAGGAAAGGUGGAAGCGGGAACUCAGCCUAGAUGAAUCGACUCCUAAGAGGCAGCGGGAUGCCACAUUACAAAGUCAGAAGGACAACCUGAAACAGCUAGAAGCACAAGAGGAGCAGCGGCUAAUACGGGGCCAAAAAGAAUACCUUGACCUUGAAAUUCGCAAGUUCCGUAGAAAAAAGUUACUCAUUUUCCAUAGUCUGGAGCAGGACUUGCUACGGGAGGAACUGAAUAAGCGCCAACAGCAGCUGGAGCAGGCACACUCGAUGUUGCUUAGGCAUCAUGAGAAGACUCAAGAGCUAGAGUACAGGCAACAAAAGGCUGUACACCAGUUACGUGAAGAGCAGAUCCAGAGACAGCAUGGCACUGAGCUGCAGAACCAACAGGAUUACAUGCAACGUUCAGAGCGAGAGUUGCGGAAGAAGCAUGCGCUUGAACUGAAGCAGCAGCCUAAGAGCCUGAAGCAAAAGGAGAUGCAAAUUCGAAAACAGUUUCGUGAGACAUGUAAGAUACAGACGCGCCAGUAUAAAGCACUCAAGGCACAGAUCCUACAAACAACAGCAAAGGAUGAACAGAAAGCAGUGAUUAAGAAGUUAAAGGAAGAACAGCGUAGAAAGCUUGCCCUGCUCGGUGACCAGUACGAGCAAAGCAUUGCUGAAAUGCUUCAGAAACAGUCGAUUCGACUGGAUGAGUCACAAGAAGUUGAGUGUCAGCACUUGAAGGAACGAUUGCACUAUGAACUGGAGAUCCUGAUGGCAUACCAGUCCAAGAAUAAGAUGCAAGCUGAAGCUCAGCGAAAUAGGGAGCGGAAGGAACUGGAAGACAGAGUGUCUGUCCGAAGGGCAUUACUUGAGCAAAAGAUGGAGCAGGAAACACAGCAGUUUCUUCAGGAGAGAUCAGAAAGAAUCCGUUUACUUCACGAGAGACAAGAUCGUGAGCUGGAACAGUUUGAUGAAGAGUCAGCUAGGCUUGGCUUUAGUGCAUUGGCCAUUGCUGAGGCAUCCAAAGAGUCUUACCCUGAUGACGAGAGUCUGUCAGGUAGCAUGCUGAGCCUGGCACAUAGUAACAGCUCAACGUCUUUCCCGCCUGGGAGUCUCUAGCACUGAUGCAGUCCUCCCUGCCCAAUGUAACUGCCAGCCAAAAUAAAGUCAUUGUAGAAGUAUGUGCCACUGAUGGGGAAUUGUUCUCCAGUCAGUGUGCAAUCUAUAACAAUUGUUGCCAAUUGUUUUGAUACAUGAUAUUUGCAUAACAGUUAGUGCUGCAGGUUUUGGUUAUCACCAAUAGGGCUGUUGUAGGCUUGGUUCAUGUAGGUACAUCCCUGACACGGCUCGUGAUGUGUGUCACAUAUUGGUAUGACAUCCGUCCCAUAUGGAUACCCUGACAUGCCUGUGAUGUAUGUGAAUACCUGGCAUGGCUCGUUACCAUCAGUAUUGCUGACUCGUUAUCACUAGCAAUACAUCCCUACUUCUGGUACCUGGUGUGAUUAGCAACUUGUCAUGUACUGUGGUACUGUCAUAUAUGUUUGUUGGAUGUUUUUUAUAACAGUGGCUAGUACAGUGUAUCUUCGCACUGUAAUUUCACGUGGGUAACCCAGUGUUCCUGAUAUCAUGUUCUGUUAUGAAAAAGCUAAUGGAAAUGUUUUUGUGGCUGAUGCAGAAUGCUCAUGUAUGUCCCUAAUCUGUUGGUGGCCAUGUCCCUAUUUUAUGAACAUUCAGAUUUAUCCCCAUCCCGAGGGUGUUCCAGGAUAAAUCUGUAAGUAUGCCCUUAUCCUUUGGCUAGCCUCAUUAUUCAUGUUUACAGUGAAGUAUUCUCGGGUGAUCGGCUUUGUGAAAAUGAUAUUGUAAUUGAACAUUUUGGAGACCGUCUCUGCCUCCAUCAGGUGAUCGCCAUGAAACCUUGAAACCCUACAUUUGUGCUAGCCUAUUGCUUGCACAGAGUCACUUACCUGGUGGCCAAAAGUGGUUACUUGAAAUCUUAGACAUCUGCAGGAGUGAAAAUCUUGAUUGUUAUCAUAUGGGUCAUGACACCAUUUUGUCUUGUAGGUGGUUACCAACAUUUUGGAGGAAUAUAUCACCUGUAUGUUCAGUGUACAUGUUACAGGGAAUUUGAUGUCCUUGCAGUAAUGAAAAUGUGGAUCGUGAUCUUGGUUAUGACACUUAUAGGUGGUGGCUCCCAGCAUUUUGGAGGAACAUCGUGUCUGGAGGUAAUAUGAUCCUCUGAAACUUUGGUAACCACGUAUGAGACUGUUCAGCAUCACUAGAAAGAAGACCACUAUCCACAUUUUCACCACUAUGAAAGACUCAGUAUUUCCCAAACUCUGGAGUUGGAGGUGAUAUAUUCUACCACAACAUUGGUAACAGCCUAAAAGUCAAAUCUAAAAGUCUCACAACCCAGGGGACCGCAAUUUGCAUUUUCACCAUCAUGAAAAGCUUUAAUGUCAUGUAGAGUUUCUCUGCGGGGAGAUAACACAUGCAGAAUUUUGUUACAAGUGUUUGUUUUCUCUUAUUACAUAGCAUUGAUAUAUGGUUUGUAAAGCAACUCUGAUUGUUCAUGUCCAUAAUGGGAGAAUAUCAUAAUUACAUUAUGUUGUGAUCAGUGGAUAGUUUGGUACGAGCUGUGGCAGUAUGUAGAUAAAUCAAAAUGAUUCGUGGUGGUAUGUCCCUACCAUGUCAGAUGAACCAAACCAUUUAGACUGUAAAACACCAAAAAAUAUUGUACAGGCAAUUGGUGCAAUUUUUAUUUUGUAAAAAAUUUAAAAUCCAGUGAGUGGGCUGUAAUGAAUUUUUAAUUGUUGGUACCUCUAAUCCUGUUCUUUAUGGUUGAUUAUGAUGCUACCAACAUGACUAACAUAACCAAUUGAUGGCUGUCAAGUGUAAAUACAAUGUAGCGUGAGGCUUGUUUGUUUUUCUAGGUCUUUUUUGAACUGAAAACCAAUAAUAAAGUGCUUAGCAUCUUCGAAUUUUUAGUGUGUUCGACAAGACAAAACUACAAUGUGCCGAUUUUACAACAAUAAUAAGUAUGAACAAAAACAACAGCAUCAGUGAUGUGGAAAAAUUGUCAGAUUGCAAGUAAGGUUAUACAAAUCGAAUAUAUGAUUUUUUAUUGUAAACAGAUGUGUAUUAAUGUAUCUUAUUAUAUAUAUUAUACAGUAAUUAAUUAAGUAGUUGAAAAACGUAUGAAUGCAAGUAAACAAAGCUUUUUUUUGCAUCGGUGAAAGAGAGUAAGGUGCAUUUUGUUUUAUCAUCAUAAAGUCAUUGCAAAGGGACUUUAUUGCAUCCGAUCAUUCUGAAUUUUUGCCCUUCUUCCCUGUUCCCCUUCUUGGGUAAUAUAGUGGGUAAAUUAUUGAAAUGACCUAGUCUUACCUUGGCGGCAUUCCACAAGAUGAAGAGCACUGUGCUUGUAAUUGAGUUUAUUUAUUGUGGGUGCUGUCAUCAAUAAUAAAACCAGUUUGUAAAUUAUACCACACAAUUACUGCAAUAUUUGUAGGGCCUACUUGUACUCAGAAUUUGGAUGUUAUGUUCCUUUUAAUAUUGGUCCAGAUUGGGAUGUGGAACAUUCUAAUUUCUCUCACCUUUUUUUAUUUUUUUACAUUUUUAUAUAUUCAGAACAAAAUACAAAUCCAUUGUUCAGCUUUUCCCUUUCAGUCCUUACAUGUUGCUGUUUUCAUUUGUACCAAAACAGUUUUUUUUAACUUUAAUUAUUGGCAGUUUCUAAGUGACACUUUUUUUUGUUGGUGCAUGUGGAACAGCAAGCACGAACAGUGCAGGUAUUGUGUGGGUUGCAGUACACUCUUGAUUGUAUUAAUGGCUGGAUGGUAGAACAUGGACCAGGAAUGUGCCUACCAGUGUUCUCACUAUCGCUGUGGUAUGCAGUAAUGCAAAAAAAUUGGCGGGAGGACAGUAUGCUUCCUACAACAUAAUACCAUAUUUAUACAAACUCAUAGCAUUCUACAGUUAAAAAAACCCUGUAUUUAAAAAUUACAUUCAGAAAGCACUUUUCUGAUGAUUACAUUGUUUCUUACAUUCAAUUGCAUUAUUCUAAUUGCAAGUACUUGGUUCCAGUUUUAAAGAUUUUAAAUGAUUACUAUUUUUAAGCAUGUAAACCACUUUUAUACAUGUUCAUUAACUUUUUUAACUUGACACUGCAAACUAAAACAUUUGUCGCUGAAAUAGUACAUGUAUUUGUGUACAUUCAUGGACAGUGUACUUAAUUUAUGAAGAUGCAGUAUACACGGGAAAUUGAAUUUGAGGACUUAGUUGAGAAAAUUAUGGGGCCUGCAAGUAUAUGGCUGCCUUGGGAAGAAUUUGUUUAUUAAACAUACAAAGCAGGUAUAAGUUUGCCAUGGAUUUUUGUAAGUGUGGUAUUAUGUAGAAGAGUCGAGUUUAUUUCAGUAUGUUUUUAAGAUGUGUAUUAACCACUCAAAAUUAUUUUUACACACUGGUUAUUGGCCAUAGUUGUGUAUACUAUCAAUCUAUCCAAAAUGAAGCAACUAUUUUGAAUUGAUGUGUCACGUGUGGUUGGGAACCAGUUGAAAAAUUGACACUUUUAAUUUAUUUUUGAUAAAUGGUAUAAGAUAUUAAAUUAUUUAUUUAUAAGACAGAGGCAUCUGAUCUUCGGAUUGAAUGGAAAGGACACACUUAAACUGUGAAGACAUGAAAUUUACAUCCUGAAAUCUUUAACAGCUACAUAUGCCAUAUAUGGAUACAAAUUAACUUUUCUAUUCAAUUUGAAUGUGUGAUAAUAGAAUUUUUUGUGUCAUAAGCUUCUGAAUUUAAACUUUAUACAUUACUAGCCUAAUAGAACUUACAAAGAGCAUAAUAAAUUAAUGGAAGAAGUAAUGCCUGUAUGUUUAAAAUCAUAAAUAAUUUAGAAGUGUCAUUCUGUUCUGCAUAAAACAUACAAGUUAUGGAUGGAAGAACAUCAAAUCUCUCAAAGAAUUACAAUACAAAUUUAUAAGAACAGUUUCUUGCCACAUUUCCUGCCCUGAGCCACAGAAACCAAGGUAGCACACCUGUUCUUCAUAACAGUGCCAUUAUGUCAGCCUCCUGCUGUUAAGUAUGUAGUGUGAGCAACUGUAUGUCCUGAUUUUGUAAAUUGUUGAGCAUUUCUUCAGUUGUGUUAAUAUUUUAUAUUAUUUUCUUUUAUAAAUUUUGAAGAUUUAAUCUCUUGUUUGCUAAAAGUUUUCAUAACUUUGAGUAAAGUAGUCUGUUAAGUCAUGUACCAUCAAUGUCUGUAAUGUUUAUAGCCAUCAUAUACAGCCAGGUUAUGAAGACUUCAUGCCAAGCAGACUUAAUAAUCUGUCCAUAUAAUGUGGAAUCUGCUGUAUUUUAUCUGUAUCCAAAAUAUCCAUAGCAACACAUCCACUGAAGCCAGAGUAGAGUGUACACAGCCUGAAGGUAAAAUUUGGCUUGCUGUCUCUUGUGCAUUGUGUUUUUGUACUCAACAUUUAGGAAUGGUUUGUUGGAUGAGCAGAUGUCUCCUUUGUAUAGUUUUCAGGGUUGAACAAGGUAGCCUAUGCUGUUAUUUUAAUCACUGUACUUCCCUGCCAUACUUCCCUCCUGCAUUAUCUUCAACAACGAGCCCAUGUUGGACCCCAAUAGUGGAGAAAAAAUCUCUUUAAAUAUGUAAAAGGUUUAUGACAAUGAAGUUAUUUAUUUUUAAAAGUUAACGCAUUAUAUUAGGUCUUACUGGUCUGUUGCUCCUCAAACAAACAAAGGAGAUAGAUAAAACAUGUAGUAGCAGACAAUUUUGUAAAAGCAAAGCCAUUUUCUUGUUAUAACUUUAUCAUCAGGUUACAAAACCGAAACUCAGAAAAACAAAAAUGAAUAACUUGUUCAAAUAAGCCAUCGAGACCCAAAGUACUGUAUAUAUUGAAGUGAUAUUCACAAAACGUAGGAGAAUCAAAUAAAAGAAAAAUGGAUAUAAA